AUGGCUAGAGUUGAGAAGUUAUUAAGAAGACUUGAUGAUUCUUUUAAUGAUGGAAAUUAUUAUGAAGCGCAUCAAAUAUGUAGAACUGUAAACAAUAGACUAAGAAUAUCAAAAGAAUUUGAAAAACUUUCACAAAUUUUAUGGUCAGGUUUAAUUAAACUUUUUGAAAAAGCUGAAAUUUCAAGUGGUGAAGAUUUAGCAUAUCUUUACAUUGAUUCUUUAAGAGAUGGAAAAAUUUUAUGUGAUACCAACAUUUUAACAAAUUUUACCUACCUUCUUCAAAACAUACCUAAAACUGUAUCAACAAAUAGUAGUAGUAAUGAUGAAAAAAGUAUAGAUAACAGAAACAAAUUGAUUGGAAAUUUUAUUAACUAUACAAAAGUAGUUGCACAAACAGAACCUGAAAAAAUUCGUGGAAUGGAGAGUGCUUUUGUAGUUCUUGGAAAACAAUUAGCAAAGGAAGGUAAUUAUGUUGCUGCAGAGAAUCAAUUUAUGAUGGGAAAUGACGGUGAAGGAACUUCUGAGAUGAUUUUAAAGAUAACAGAAGGAGAUACAACAUUAGAUUGUGAAAAAUAUUUGUUGCGUGCAAUUUUCCAAUUAUUAUGUAUGAAAAAGGUUCAUGUAGCAUCUAUUGUUUUGAAAAAUUAUAUGUCCAAACAUAUUUUAUUUAAUCAACAAAAACCAGCAUAUGUUUCACAAGUUGGAAAUUUUCUAUGGUUAUUUAUAGCAUGUUUAGAAGGAGGAUAUUUAACACAAACAUCAACAUUAAUUAAAAGAACAGAAUGUAUCUAUCUUUUGAUUGAAGGUGGUGAUAAAUAUAUUGAUAGAAUAAUGGAAGUAUUUUUUAAUAUUAAGAAAGAGAAAAAUGACAAGAAAAAUAAUUUAUUAGAAAAUUUAAUGCAAUCUAUUGGGGGUGGAAAAGAAACUUCAAAUAAUGAAGAUGGAAAUACAAAUGCAUUUAGUGAUAGUCCAGUAGGAGACAAAGAUAUUCUUGGAAUAACAUCAAAUGUUCAUAGUAUAGAAAGUAUGACAGAUAAAUUAUUUGAAUAUUUUGAAGACUGCCAUGAAGAGAUUCCUGUUAAAAUUGAGGAAACAAAAGAUUGUAAAAAUGAUGAGCCAACUAAGAAUAUUAAAGAACUUUUAAUUGACAAUGAUGAAUUGGAUUAA